UUUGUGGUGACCGGAGUGGUUUCUCGUACGCGACACCGACUGCAUCCUUAUAUACAAGAAAGGUGUGCCUUAGCAAGUACUGCUUAUCGUAAAUCAAUCGACAACAACAAAUACAAGAUAAUUAUUUAGAGUUUUAUACAGAGGAACGUUAAUACUUUAAAGAUAGUAGUGAAGUGACAACGGCACCAUGGAAGUGGACUUGGUUGUGGCGUUGGCCAUCGGUGCCAUUAUACUGCUGAUAUUUCAUUAUUUGUCGAAAAAACAUGAAUACAUUCUACCGAAACCGAUACCGUGCGUUAAACCGAUGUUUUUCAUGGGCAGCACCGCUCCGAUUAUGUUCCGAAGAAGGGACUUUCCGACUCACAUAAAAAUUCUGUACAAUACCUUUCCGGACUGCAAAAUGAUAGGCUUCUACGACUUACUGAAACCGAUGUACAUGCCACGCGACCCAGACGUUAUCAAGAAGAUUGGCGUUAAAGAUUUUGACUUUUUUAUGGACCACACCCCUAUGAUGAGCAACGGUAACCCGGAGGAAGAGGUCGGUGGAGACAGCCUGUUCAGUAACUCGUUGUUUGCGUUGCGCGGUCAAAAGUGGAGAGACAUGCGAUCGACGCUGAGUCCGGCGUUCACCGGGAGUAAGAUGCGACAUAUGUUCGAGCUAGUGGCGGAAUGUGCCCGGUCAAUGGUGGAUUUUUUCAACACCGAAGCGAAUGCUGGAAAAGGUUUAGAGCUCGAGAUGAAGGAUACUUUCUCGCGGUUUGGAAAUGAUGUCAUCGCAACGGUCGCGUUUGGCAUUGAGGUGAAUUCGUUGAAGGAUCGUGAAAAUGAGUUUUUUGUGGCUGGAAAAAAGUUACUGGAUUUCCAAAAGAUUACGGUCCUCAUUAAGAUGUUGCUGAUGAGAAGCGUACCAUGGUUGAUGCAAAAGCUAGGAAUCGAGAUCAUGGACUCAAAUCUAACAGGCUACUUUAAGAAAAUGAUUGUUGAUAACAUGAAGCAGAGAGACGUGCAUAACAUUGUACGCAAUGAUAUGAUUCAUAUGCUGAUGGAGGUUCGGAAGGGUUCGUUGAAGCAUCUUAAGGACGAGCUCGACCAGAAAGACGCGGGCUUUGCUACCGUAGAAGAGUCCAGUGUUGGAAAAACGACACACACUCGAAUAUGGACCGAAAACGAGUUAAUUGCACAGUGUUUCCUUUUCUUCCUAGCGGGAUUCGACACCGUGUCUACGGCUAUGACCUUUUUGGCUUAUGAGCUAACCGCUAACCCGGAUAUUCAGAAUCGUCUGCAUGACGAAAUUGUCCAAACCAAUCAAUUGCUAAACGGUACCCCUCUAACUUACGAAGUCCUUCAAAAAAUGGUAUACUUGGAUAUGGUAGUUUCGGAAUCCCUCCGCAAGUGGCCACCGGCUCUCGGUUCCGACCGGUACUGCACUAAAGACUACGUGUACGAUGACGGAGCUGGAACUCGCUUCACCAUCGAGAAAGAUCAAACAAUUUUGAUUCCAACGUACGCCAUCCAUCACGAUCCAAAGUACUAUCCAAAUCCGGAAAUGUUUGAUCCGGAGCGUUUCAGCGAGACAAAUCGAUCGAAAAUCGAUAUUGCUACCUAUCUACCAUUCGGAGUGGGUCCGAGAAAUUGCAUAGGCUCACGGCUGGCCCUGAUGGAGGUCAAAUUGAUUCUGUACUAUCUGCUGAAAGACUUCAGCUUGGAGCCGACUGAGAAAACGCAGAUUCCUUUGCAGUUGUCUAAAAAUAUGUUUGCACUUCAGGCCGAGAAGGGCGUGUGGGUGGGUAUCAAACCUAGGAGUGGCUACUGAGUUGUGGCGGUGUUAGCUUGAUUAAUUGGAAGUAUUGUCAGUCAUAUUUUCUAAUACAGUCAAUAUAUUAUGUAUAUAUUUCUUUCGUGUUUUGUCAAAGCUGUGUCAACUGUAAGGAUGUGGUGAUAAUGAUAUUAAAAGCAUACUCACAAUUUGGGAGGAGUUCAUAAAGUUUCACAAAUUCUUACCUGAAAUGAAAUAAAAUAUAGAAUUUAUAAUAAGCAAUGAAAGAAUCAUAUGU